AUGCAGGCACCAGCGAUCAUUGAAGAACGCAACGAAAAGCGACCAAUCGAUGAUGUAGAUCCUGAAGAUCAAGAAGGCGGAGACGAUGAUGAUGACGAUGAACAAGCCAGGAUUCUGGCCAUGAUCGAGGGCGAUGAAGAAGAGGGUACUGAUUUCAACGCCGCUGAUUUGAAAAAACUGGUACUUGGUUUCGAGAAGAAAUUGUAUAAAAAUCAGCAAAUGCGUGUGCGAUACCCUGACGAACCCACAAAGUUUUUGGAGAGCGAAAUGGAUUUAAGUGACGACAUACAGGGAUUGAACGUCAUCGCCACAGCGCCCGAUCUCUUCGCAACCUUGGUACAACUUAAGGUGCUGCCGUCUAUCCUUGGCCUGUUAUCACACGACAACACGGACAUCGCCCUCUCUGCAGUUGCACUGCUGAGUGAAAUCUUAGACGCAGAUACUCUGAGUGAAAGCCCUGAGGACGCGGAAAUAUUGCUCAAAGCCAUGCACGAUGCACAGCUGCUGCCCUUGUUGUUUCAGAAUCUGGAACGGCUGAAUGAGAGUAACAGAGAGGAUGCCGAGGGUGUACACAAAACACUGACUAUAUUAGAGAAUCUUUGCGAGAUCGACGAUAACACUCCGAGUUUGAUGUUGAAAGGAACCAAGAUGCUACCGUGGAUUCGUCGGAGGCUCCUCACCAAGGGACUUGAUGCUAAUAAAUUAUACUGCAGUGAGCUGCUAUCUAUAAUACUACAAACUUCGAAAGAAUCGAGGCGGAAGUUGGCGACCGAGAAUGGAAUUGACGAUUUGUUACGAAUUUUAGCCGGCUACAGAAAUAAAGAUCCUCAGACACCAGAAGAGGUGGAGUACUUGAACAAUCUGUUCGACUCAGUCACUACCACUCUCCUCGAGUCCGAAGGUAAGAAGCACUUUCUGCAAGGAGAGGGUGUGGAGCUGAUGAUUAUCAUGUUGAGAGAAAAGAAAAUGGCCGUGUUCGGUGCUAUGAAGGCACUAAGUUUCGCCACGACCGGCGAUGAGGUGGCUAUGUGCAAACGAUUUGUGGAGAAACGAGGACUGAAGUCAUUGUUUCCCCGGUUCAUGAAGGUGCCCAAGAAUGCCAAGGGAGUGGCGGAUAAAGGCGAAUACGAAGAACAUGUAUGUUCUGUGCUUAAUUCUUUACUCAGAAAUAUCCGGGACUCGACGCUGCGAAAUCGGCUGCUUAACAAAUUCGUAGAAGAUAACUUUGCUAAGGUUGAACGUCUGAUCGAGCUACACUUGCAAUAUAGCGAGAAGGUAGCGAAAGAGGACCAUGAAAUUGCCAGGGAGACAGUCGCGUAUCUUGCUGAGGAAAAAUCGAAGGGAGACGAGCAUCCCGAGAUUCCACCGGAGAUGACUGACAUGUUCUACCUGAGGCGCUUAGAGAAUGGGCUAUGUUGUUUACAGCUCGUGGACUCAAUUAUUGCAGAAAUUAUGGUGGCGGGAAUACCACAGAUACGAGGGAAAAUCAAGAAGUUGCUCGCUCAACAAGAGCGGUCGCUAUACGGGGUCAUCGAUGUGCUUGACGAAUUUGCUUCGAUGAUGGGCGAGGAGACAACGCUUAACAGUUCGUCUACAGCCAAGGUGUCGAGAGAAAAGGCGCAUAUACAAGAUCUUGUCAGCAAAUUGCAGGAUGGUGGAAUGUCGUCAAAAGAUUAAAC